GGCGUUCUGCGGCCAGGGGCGGCUCGGGUGACCCCCGCGGCGGUUGCGCGGACGGUGGCGGCGGGGCCAUGCUGAGCCGCAGCUCGUUCACCAGCCUGGUGGUGGGGGUGUUCGCGGUGUACGUGGCGCACACGUGCUGGGUGAUGUACGGGAUCGUCUGCACGCGGCCCUGCCCCGCCCCAGGCCCGGCCAAGGAGGAGCGGGCGGGAGGCGCGGCGGGCUGCAUCUGGCCCUACCUGGCCCGCCGGCCCAAGCUGCAGUUAAGUGUAUACACUACCACACGGUCAAACAUUGGUGCUGAGAAUAAUAUAGAUCUGAUUUUGAAUGUGGAGGAUUUUGAUAUUGAGUCCAGAUUUGAAAGAACAGUCAAUGUCUCUGUACCAAAGAAAACUCGAAAUAAUGGCACACUGUAUGCAUACAUAUUUCUUCACCAUGCUGGCAUUUUACCUUGGCACGAUGGCAAACAGGUGCAUAUAGUAAGUCCUCUGACCACAUACAUGGUCCCUAAAGCAGAAGAAGUUAAUCUUAUCACUGGAGAAUCGACCACCCAGCAAAUUGAAGCAGAAAAGAAACAGACGAAUGCCUUAGAUGAACCUGUCUCACAUUGGAGAUCAAGGUUGACUCUAAAUGUUAUGGUGGAAGAUUUUGUUUUUGAUGGCUCCUCUCUCCCUGCUGAUGUUCACCGAUACAUGAAGAUGGUUCAGUUGGGGAAGACUGUGCAUUACCUUCCGAUAUUAUUUAUUGAUCAGCUAAGCAACAGAGUGAAGGAUUUAAUGAUAAUAAACCGUUCAACGACAGAGCUACCUCUUACAGUGUCAUAUGAUAAAAUAUCUCUUGGAAAGCUCCGAUUUUGGAUCCACAUGCAAGAUGCAGUGUUCUCCCUGCAGCAGUUUGGCUUUUCAGAAAAGGAUGCCGAUGAAGUAAAAGGAAUUUUUGUGGAUACUAACUUAUACUUUUUGGCUUUGACAUUCUUUGUAGCAGCAUUCCAUCUUCUUUUUGAUUUCCUUGCAUUCAAAAAUGACAUCAGCUUCUGGAAGAAAAAGAAAAGCAUGACUGGAAUGUCUAGAAAAGCAGUGCUUUGGCGAUGCUUCAGUACCGUGGUAAUAUUUCUUUUCCUUUUGGAUGAACAAACAAGUUUAUUGGUACUAAUUCCAGCAGGUAUUGGUGCAGUGAUUGAGCUCUGGAAAGUGAAGAAAGCACUGAAAAUGACAGUUAUAUGGAGAGGCAUGAGGUCGACAAUCCAGUUUGGUGCAUACAAUGAAUCUGAAAAGAGAACUGAGGAAUAUGAUACCCAGGCUAUGAAAUAUUUGUCCUAUUUACUGUAUCCACUGUGUAUUGGAGGUGCAGCUUAUUCACUUCUGAAUGUGAAAUAUAAAAGCUGGUAUUCUUGGUUGAUUAACAGCUUUGUCAAUGGGGUAUAUGCUUUUGGAUUCCUAUUUAUGUUGCCACAGCUGUUUGUGAAUUAUAAGAUGAAAUCAGUUGCACAUUUACCAUGGAAGGCAUUCACAUAUAAAGCAUUCAACACCUUCAUUGAUGAUAUAUUUGCUUUUAUCAUCACUAUGCCAACAUCGCAUAGGCUGGCGUGUUUUAGGGAUGAUGUGGUAUUCCUCGUCUACCUUUACCAAAGAUGGCUAUAUCCUGUGGAUAAGAGCAGAGUGAAUGAAUAUGGAGAAUCUUAUGAAGAAAAGCUGAAAAGAAAACCCCACAGAGACUAGUUAACAGUAGAAGACUAUUUCCGGACUGCUGCUGGCUAUGUGUAUUGCUUGAUCUUUAUGAAGAAAAAAAAUUGGAUUAUUUAAUAGUAUUUUUUAAAGCUUAUGACAGAACUCCAUGGACAAUACAUCUUCUGCAUUGCCAAAAUCUAUUUUUGAUGGUUCUUUGUUGUUUCAAGAUCCCUUUUAUGUCUUUAUGAAGAAGUCUGCCAAUCUUUUUGCCAGAUGUCACUUUUAAACAAUAGUUAAACAUAUUUAAACUUCUUACAUAAAAAUUUAAAGAAAUAUUAAUUUGUCUUUAUUGUUAUGAUUGUUUUAGUGUGUGUUUUGAGAUAGCUCAAUUAACUGGUCACGUGGUACCUUUAUUGGUAAAGGGCUACUAGGCCAUGAAGAGUACAGGUAGGCUGUGAUUGUUAUAGCAGAAUAGGGCAUCGCUGCUGAACCAGGGGUUGUUAGAAUUUAAAGGUAUAACUUCUGAAAUAUACACUUUAAAUUGCAUCACACAACACCAUUCUAGGUUGACAAUGGACAUGGAAGGGCUCAAAUUGAUGGAGGGUUAAAAUCUCAUGGCUGACCUAAGCUGUAUGGAACUUUGAAAUAAGAGUCCUCUAGCUUAAAAUAGCCUUCCUGGAAGGGAGGGGAAAGUAACCCAAACAGUUAAACUUCUUAAAAUAUUGUCACGCUUCUAGACCAUGAUAUGACUUUUUAAAUCUUAAUUUAUUUUUAAAUGGCAGAGAUUUUUAUUGUAAAAAGCUAGUGAGCAUGUGCAGCAAUUUCAGUGACUAUUUUUAGUACAGAUAUAAAGUUGCAUAAAACCUUUCCUGCAUUGCUAGCCAAGGAUCCCUUGAUUCCCCAUAAAGUAGGUAUUUAUAUGAUUGACACAAAACAUUUUGAUGUACUAGGAAAAUAACUCCUAAACAGUCUUGCGGCCUUACAUGUUUGCAUCAUAGACACCAUUGUGAACUAUUGUGCCAAUUCUCAUAUGCUUUCACAGGCAAAAGUUUCCUAGUCCUCUUGAUUUUGUAUUUUAAAUUAGGUAAAGAAAACAUACAGCAUUCAGCUAAUUGGAAGGGGAUUGAUUGAACUGAUAUUUGCUCAGAGUAUUUAUAGAAAAACCAUAAAUAAAACAACUUUCAAAAUGUGCCUGUAAGUUAAUUUUAUUUCCAGUAGCAACAAUGUUUAAAGGGUGAAGUGUCACUCCAACUUCCUAUCAUGUUAUCAGUUUGGAUAUUGUAUUUAUCACUGAAAUUCAGCACUUCUUGCAGAUUGUUAGAAUAUGCUAAAAUAAAGUAUAUUCAAAUUGUAGUAUGCAUUUAGAACCCCCAUUAUGCAGUUUUAUGAAAUAACAACUUGCAUUUAGUGAGCACUAUAGUUAAAUAACCUGCACUGAGUAACACUGAAAAUACAUGUUGCUUUCCUCACAUUAACAAACAAAACAUUUGAUUCCCAGAACCAGCAUUAGCAGCUAAAGCCUAGUUUUAAUUAAAUGCUUUGUUUUAAAGUUAAAUUGAUUAACUUCUAGAGAUUUUAUGUGGAAAAAACCAACACUGCUGACCAAAGCUACGUCUUUCUUUUAAUUUACUGCAUAUUUUUGCUGGGCUGUCAGAACAGUUUUUUUUUGUUUUGUUUAGGGUUUUUUGCUUCAAUACGCCACUAACUCAAAAUGUAAAUAGUUCAAGUGAAGAAAAUGUUGCUCUAAUUUUGUCAUAAAUAGAAAACAAUAAUGGUUUGUUUUAUACAGUAGGCUUUGUCAAAUCCCAGUGUAGCAGUGGUUUGAAAGCACAAAGGCUGUCAUCCUGUAAAGACAAGGCCUGUGACACUGUAAGUAGUCCUACUGAAGUCAUUGGAUCUUCACUUACGCUGAGGCCCCUUUACAUCAUUCUGGUAGUGUAAAGCUGUCAUCAAGUGGGUAUUAGUUUAAUGCCCACUUUAAGGCUACUUUACAAUUCAGUAGUUCCAAGGGCCUGAUUCUCAUUUAUACUAAAAUCCUUUUACACUGCUAUAGCAAUGUAAAGUUACACAUGUGCAUAGAUCUUGUAGGACUGGGAUUGAAGUUGACACAACCAAUACUUUUCUCAUGUUGCCAGCUGCAGCUCUGCAUUUUUAUGCAGACUGCUCUAGGACUCCUAUUUCAUAGUAGUAAGCAUCUAGUUUUGUGUUGAAAAUAACUUGUCCUGGUAUUUAGUAACUUUAUACAUUGGUCCUUUUUGUGCCAUUUUAAAAUGAAUUUGAGUCAUUAAUUUUUCUAAAAUGGCCUCUGAAAGUCUAAUUACUGCAUUCAGGUAAUUUACAUUUAUAUUCAACGUUUCUUUUUGGUGGGUAAUUGUUUGAAAAUCACUCUUACAUCUUUAUGUACUGUUAGUUUAUUACCCUUCAUAACUUUCCAUUUCUUCUGGUGAUCUAAAAGAUGAAUAAUUUCCCAUACAACAAUGGUCAUGCUGAAUGUAAGAUUAGAACAUUUGAUGUUGUAAAGCAACCAGACUUUUUCAGGCUUUGAAUCAAUUAUUUGUUUCCUGCAUUCCAUUUACAAAUAAAAUGUGUGGGAUGAACAGUUUUGAGUUUUGAUCUGUUAUUAGAAAGACUUAGUUACUGCAUGUGUUACAUAAUUUAAUGAUGGAUGAAACAAGAACUGACAUUUCUUUUUUAAAAGCUUUUUUUCAGAGCAAUAAAAUAGUCUUACAAAAUGA